CCUCGGCCCGCGCCCCGCGCCGCCGCCGCCGCCAUGGGGGCCUGCCUGGGCGCCUGCUCCCUGCUCAGCUGCGCGUCCUGCCUCUGCGGCUCUGCCCCCUGCAUCCUGUGCGGCUGCUGCCCCGCCAGCCGCAACUCCACCGUGAGCCGCCUCAUCUUCACCGUCUUCCUCUUCCUGGGCGUGCUGGUGUCCAUCAUCAUGCUGAGUCCCGGUGUGGAGAGUCAGCUCUACAAGCUGCCCUGGGUGUGUGAGGAGGGGGCCGGGACCCCCGUCGUCCUGCAGGGCUACAUCGACUGUGGCUCCCUGCUCGGCUUCCGUGCCGUCUACCGCAUGUGCUUCGCUAUGGCCGCCUUUUUCUUCCUCUUCACCCUGCUCAUGAUCUGCGUGCGCAGCAGCCGGGACCCCAGGGCUGCCAUCCAGAACGGGUUUUGGUUCUUUAAGUUCCUGGUCCUUGUGGGCAUCACCGUGGGCGCCUUCUAUAUCCCUGACGGCUCCUUCUCCAACGUCUGGUUCUACUUUGGCGUCGUGGGCUCCUUCCUCUUCAUCCUCAUCCAGCUGGUGCUGCUCAUUGACUUUGCGCAUUCCUGGAACCAGCGGUGGCUGGGCAAGGCCGAGGAGCGCGACUCCCGUGCCUGGUACGCAGGCCUCUUCAUCUUCACCCUCCUCUUCUAUGCGCUGUCCAUCGCGGGUGUGACGCUGCUCUUCAUCUACUACACCCGGCCUGGCGCCUGCCACGAGGGCAAGGUCUUCAUCAGCCUCAAUCUCACCCUCUGCGUCUGUGUCUCCAUUGUCGCCAUCCUGCCCAAGGUCCAGAACGCCCAGCCCAACUCAGGUCUGCUGCAGGCCUCUGUCAUCACGCUCUACACCAUAUUUGUCACCUGGUUGGCCCUGUCCAACGUCCCUGACCAGAAAUGCAACCCCCACCUGCUGGCCUCCUCCAGCAACGGGACAAGCCUGGCUGGCCCCGAGGGCUAUGAGACCCAGUGGUGGGAUGCGCCAAGCAUCGUGGGGCUCAUCGUCUUCAUCCUGUGCACCCUCUUCAUCAGCGUGCGCUCCUCGGACCACCGGCAGGUGAACAGCCUGAUGCAGACGGAGGACUGCCCGCCCAUGCUGGAGGCCGGGCAGCAGCAGGUGGCAGCCUCCGAGGGCCGGGCCUUCGACAACGAGCAGGAUGGUGUCACCUAUAGCUACUCUUUCUUCCACUUCUGCCUGGUGCUCGCCUCCCUGCACAUCAUGAUGACGCUCACCAACUGGUACAAACCUGGCGAGACCCGGAAGAUGAUCAGCACGUGGACCGCCGUGUGGGUGAAGAUCUGCGCCAGCUGGGCAGGGCUGCUCCUCUACCUGUGGACCCUGGUAGCCCCCCUCCUCCUGCCCAAUCGAGACUUCAGCUGAG